CAUUACGGUAAAGCAGACAGGAUGGAGUGCGCUCUCUCAAAUGCGCCCAAAUGGGGGUAAAACGUUUACUGCGAACCCCCAAAACAAGUGUCGGGGUUUUCUACCGGCCAUGUACAAUCAACUGGAGUAUAUUGUGAUUACAAUUUGGCGGCGUCUAGUCAUAAAUCCCGCGUAAGAUGUUGGUUUCAGGUGUUUUGUAAUACAAGGUAUAAUGUUUGUACCUUUCUUUACAAUAGUGGUGAAAUCCACGGAAUGUUCCACAUAGGAACAGCUGACGACAAUGCCGCACCGAAAAUAUGAACGAGAUAUGAAGGAUUACAAGAAGUAUCAUUAAAUCAAAUGCUUGCUAAUUAACAAUCAGGGUAAAGACAGAGGUUAGAGGGCACGUGCCUCCAGCACCCCUGCUCUCCUCUUCCAGAGUGUGACUCGUCGGGCCCCACGACGUCACCAAUGCGACCAUGGGAAAUAGCAGUGACUAGGCGGCCACCGACAGCCCCCUUGAACCAGAGGAGGUUCCUAGGAGAGCCCUGCAACACCCCAGUGCACCUCAGGAGAAGCCCGCCAGUGAGACGACAGUGGGGGAUUCGAGACCGACCGGUCGUACUGCACGACUCCUCGCUCCAGGAUGAGAACUUCCACCACCCUCUCUUCUCCCAGCAACAUCAGCAGGUUCUUUUAGAUGAGGCCAGACAGUACAGCCACGCCAGUGCCCCGCCACGCAUGCUCCACCCUGCCGCACACCCACCUCGGCAUCAACAGACCCCCAUCAUGGUGGAGCUACACGACCAGGGAUCCGUUCCCACCUCUUACACUGUUACCACGGUGACGACGCACGGUUUUCCCAUCCACACCGGGCAACCUCUCCCAGGGUGCAACAGUCAGCAGCUCCCAGCAUGCUCGGUAAUGUUCAGCGGACAGCUCUCUCUGCUCUGCUGCCUUCCUCCUCCUCUCAUCCAAGCCUGUACAAUGCAGCAUUUGCCAGUGUCUUACCAAGCUUUCCCACCCUUGAUCUCCAGCGAACAUUUUAUAUUGCACCCCAACCCCCCGGGGCCCCCACCCCACCAGCCUCCUCACCUUACUCCUCUCAGCCAGUUCCUCCCUCUCCAGAGGCAGCACCCACGCAUGCCUCUCCAGAGGGUAGAGAAUGAAGUGGACCUCAGGGGGGACCAGCAUCCAUUAGGAACGUUCUCUUACCCCGCCUCGAGCCUCCACCACCCAUCAGCGCUGCCUCCCUCUGUCCCCCUCCAGUACCUCCCUCAGGAGCCUCUGCACCAAGAGAUGCCCUCCUUCUCAGUGCCAUACCCCCACAUGCUGCCGCGACGUGUCAGUGGUCACAGGUACCGGUUACAGCAGCCCCUGCCCCCGCCGCCUCCGCCGCCACCACCCUACUACCCAGGCUUCCUGCCCUACUUCCUGUCGAUGCUUCCUGUGCCUCCUACAGCAGUGGGACCAGCAAUCAGUCUGGACCUGGAUGUAAACGAUGUGGAGAUGGAGAACUAUGAGGCAUUACUGAACCUGGCUGAAAGGCUGGGAGAGGCUAAACCACGAGGAAUCACCAAGGCAGACAUCGAGCAGCUUCCAUCCUACAGGUUCAACCUCGACAACCAUCAAUCUGAACAAACGCUGUGUGUUGUGUGCUUUAGUGACUUCGAGUGUCGGCAGCUGCUGAGGGUAUUACCCUGCAACCACGAGUUCCACGCCAAGUGUGUCGACAAAUGGUUAAAGACCAAUCGCACUUGCCCAAUCUGCCGGGCGAACGCGUCAGAGGUGCACCGCGAGGUGGAGUGAGUGAUACCCAGGCUUCUGGAUCUUUGAUUGGAAAGCAGCACAAAACUAAACCCACAGAGUCUGUCUGUCUGUCUUAGCGCCUGCCUCAGCCUGCCUGGGGACGUCUGCCACCAACCCUGCUUGCGUCCCCCACCCCCCACAACUACUCCUGCCCCACCUCAACAACAAUAAGCAAUCUAAGAUUGCAUGUUUGAGGCCCUUCCCUCGGUCGUACCUCUGUUGUGCUUCUACUGCUGCAUCUGAUGGAAAAAGCUACUGCCUGCUACCAACCCAUAGUCACAGAGUUGUCCUGUCAGUCCGUCUGUCUCCCUGGGAUAGCCAUUGAUCCACCACCUUGAUCUGCUCCUCUGCCUGGGUCAGUGUUGCAGAUUCUGGGAUAGCCAUUGAUCCACCACCUUGAUCUGCUCCUCUGCCUGGGUCAGUGUUGCAGAUUCCAAAGAUGUGACCUACCAUAUGUUGUUAUCGUCGUCGGGCUUUUACGUUGACAAGUUGUUGUUUUGUUAUCUUGUGGUUUUGGUUAGUUCUUUGUGACAGAGGGGUGUUGGAGGUUCCUGCAUUGGAGAUGGUGAUGGUGAUGGGGGGGGGUGUGUUUUAAGUUUUAAGGACCUGGUGGAGCCGGAG